AAUCCCUUCGAUGACGUGUUGACGUCACCCGGCGUGCGUGCUGACGUCGCCGCGUGACCUCCCCCCUCCCCGCUGCGUGAGAUUUCGAGCGUCAUGGCGGCCUCCUUGGGCACGGGCGCGCGGCUUCCGCCCCGGGGCCUGCGACUCCUCGUGGCGAUGGCCGCCUCGCCGCAGCAGCAGCAGCAGCGCCACCUCCUCCUCCACGUGUGCCGAUGUGUGCCGGCGUUACCGGGCCGCUCCGGCCAGCGUGGGCCGUGGGGGCCGUGGAGGGGGGCCCAGGCCCUGUGGAGGGGGGCCCAGGCCCCGUGGAGGGGGGCCCAGGCCCCGUGGAGGCCCCACGGCCGACCCGUCACCUGCGCCGUCCGAUACGGCGGCUCCACCCCCACCGCGCAGCAGAUGGCGACUACUACUACUACUACGACUACCACGACUACUACCACGACUACUACAACAGACACAACGUCAGCGACGUCGCCGGCAGCGGCGUCGUCAGCGGCGGCGGCGUCAGCGGCGGCGGCGGCGUCUCCCGUGACGGACGGAGGGGCGGCCGACAUGGCCGUGGUCUUGGGGGUCGGCGGUCACGGGGGAGACUCUGCGAUGGAGGUGCUGGGGGAGGCGGCGGGAGGAGGAGGCGUGGAGGGGGCCCAGGCGGCGCUGGAGGGGGUCCUGUCGGCGGGAGCCGCAGGCCUGCCCGAGGCCACGAUGGCCGAGCUGGGCCUGGGGGCGGCCACGCCCGUGGGGUUGGUGCAGAACUUGCUGGAGAGCCUCCACCUGGACCUGGGCCUGCCCUGGUGGGGCGCCAUCGUCACUGGCACGCUGCUGGUGCGGCUGCUUGUGUUCCCGCUCAUGGUGAAGGGGCAGCGUGAGGCCGCCAAGCUGAACAACUUCGCACCGCAGCUCAUGCAGCUCAACAAGAGCAUGACGGACGCCAAGAACUCGGGCAACCAGUUCGAGUUCUCCAAGGCGCACACGGAGCUGACUUCCUUUUACAAGAAGCACAAGAUCAACCCUCUCAAGUGCUUCCUCGUGCCAAUGGUUCAGAUGCCGAUCUUCCUGUCCUUCUUCAUGGCGCUGAGGAAGAUGGCCGAGCUGCCCGUGCCCAGCAUGGAGACUGGCGGCGCCCUCUGGUUCCUGGACCUCACGGCGGCGGAUCCCCUCUACCUGCUGCCCGUCGCCUCCACGCUCACCAUGCUGGCCGUGCUGGAGCUGGGAGCUGAGACAGGAGUGGACAACCCCAACUACAAGGCCAUGAAGAACGUGUUCCGCAUCGUCCCCAUCGUCAUCCUGCCGCUCGUCGCUUCCUUCCCCACCGCGGUGUUCACCUACUGGCUAACGUCAAAUGUGGUGUCGCUGAUGCAAGUGUCGGUGCUUCGAGUGGGCUCGGUCCGCCGGAUCCUGGGAAUUCCGGAGCGCGUGCGGCACGCGGCGGGAGCCAUGCCCAGCCAGGGCUUCAUCUCCACCGUUAAGAAGAAUUGGAAUGAUUCUAAGGAAGCUCACCGCCUCAAGGAGCGUGAGAGAUACAUCAAGCACCGGCUCGAUAUCGCCGCCAAGGCUCCGCUCAGACAGACGUUCUCCCAGAAUCCCCUGCAGCAGCAGCAGCAGCAGCAGGGGGCAGCUCCGGUACCGGGGGUGGCGGUGGCGGGCAAACGCAGCGAGGUGACGGGGAGUGCCAACAAGGGGAGACCUGGGGGCUCCAGACCAUGGGGGGACAGCCUAGGCUAGCGAACACUCAGACACACACACACACACACAUUCAUACACACAUUCAUACACACACUCACACACACACACAUUCAUACACACACUCAUACACACUCACACACUCAUACACACAUUCAUACACACACACACU